GCCUCCGAUCUCCUAGUCCUCUUGAUUUCGAUGGCUUUCCUGAAUGGCUGACUGUGGGCUGCCCUGGACUUGGCCCCCGGACAGUCGCCUCUCCUCCUCCUCUACCUCCUCCUUCACCACCACCUCCUCUUCCUCCUCCUCCUCCUCUUCCUCCUCCUCCUCCGCCAACUCCUCGGCUGCACACCAGCUCUAACAGCGAGAGAGUGAACGAGAGAGGGAGGGAGAGAGUGAGAGCGAGCAAGAUCUUUGGAGAGAUUUUUUUUUUUUUUUUGCCUCCUACUUCUGUCUUGAAGCCAGACAAUCGACUUCAGCUCUCCCUCCCCUCCCUCUUUCUCCACGUUCUGUUCCCACUCGCUCUCCUGUCCCCUUCCCCUCCCCUCCCGGCGGAAAGCCCCCCGAAACCAACAAAGCUGAGCCGAGAGAAACAAACAAAACAAACACACCGGGCCAGACAAGCAAUCGACAAAACUUUGCAAAAGCAAAAACAAAAAAGGAAAAACUAACCAACCUCAACCAACCAGCCCCCGAGCCACCCGGGGCGCCCUCCCGCGCCCUCUUGCACCCUCGCACACACAAAAGGCGGCGCGCCGGAGCCCGAGACCCGGGGAGCCGCCGCCGCCCCGCCGCCGCCCGCAGCCAGGGGAGCAGGAAGUCCGGACGCGGCCCCCAUAGAUAUGGCAAUGGUAGUCAGCACGUGGCGCGACCCCCAGGACGAGGUGCCCGGCUCACAGGGCAGCCAGGCCUCGCAGGCGCCGCCCGUGCCCGGCCCGCCGCCCGGCGCCCCGCACACGCCACAGACGCCCGGCCAAGGGGGCCCAGCCAGCACGCCAGCCCAGACGGCGGCCGGUGGCCAGGGCGGCCCUGGCGGCCCGGGUAGCGACAAGCAGCAGCAGCAGCAACACAUCGAGUGCGUGGUGUGCGGGGACAAGUCGAGCGGCAAGCACUACGGCCAGUUCACGUGCGAGGGCUGCAAGAGCUUCUUCAAGCGCAGCGUGCGGAGGAACCUGAGCUACACGUGCCGCGCCAACCGGAACUGUCCCAUCGACCAGCACCAUCGCAACCAGUGCCAGUACUGCCGCCUCAAAAAGUGCCUCAAAGUGGGCAUGAGACGGGAAGCGGUGCAGAGGGGCAGGAUGCCGCCGACCCAGCCGACCCACGGGCAGUUCGCGCUGACCAACGGGGACCCCCUCAACUGCCACUCGUACCUGUCCGGAUAUAUUUCCCUGCUGUUGCGCGCCGAGCCCUAUCCCACGUCGCGCUUCGGCAGCCAAUGCAUGCAGCCCAACAACAUCAUGGGUAUCGAGAACAUUUGCGAACUGGCCGCGAGGAUGCUCUUCAGCGCCGUCGAGUGGGCCCGGAACAUCCCCUUCUUCCCCGACCUGCAGAUCACGGACCAGGUGGCCCUGCUUCGCCUCACCUGGAGCGAGCUGUUUGUGUUGAAUGCGGCGCAGUGCUCCAUGCCCCUCCACGUCGCCCCGCUCCUGGCCGCCGCCGGCCUGCAUGCUUCGCCCAUGUCCGCCGACCGGGUGGUCGCCUUUAUGGACCACAUACGGAUCUUCCAAGAGCAGGUGGAGAAGCUCAAGGCGCUGCACGUUGACUCAGCCGAGUACAGCUGCCUCAAGGCCAUAGUCCUGUUCACCUCAGAUGCCUGUGGUCUCUCUGAUGUAGCCCAUGUGGAAAGCUUGCAGGAAAAGUCACAGUGUGCUUUGGAAGAAUACGUUAGGAGCCAGUACCCCAACCAGCCGACGAGAUUCGGAAAGCUUUUGCUUCGCCUCCCUUCCCUCCGCACCGUCUCCUCCUCAGUCAUAGAGCAAUUGUUUUUCGUCCGUUUGGUAGGUAAAACCCCCAUCGAAACCCUCAUCCGGGAUAUGUUACUGUCCGGCAGCAGUUUUAACUGGCCGUAUAUGGCAAUUCAAUAAAUAAAUAAGAAGGGGGAGUGAAACAGAGAAAGAAAAGGCAAAAGACUGGUUUGUUUGCUUAAUUUCCUUCUGUUAAGAAAGGAUAUAAAAGGAUGUUACAAGUUUGCUAAAAGAAGAGAGGGGAAGAAUUUAAUGGACUGUGAAUUUCAAAAAAAAAAAAAAAAAAAAAGACUGUCAAAUGAACUUUUACAGAAUGCAUUAAAAAAAACUCCUGUGUCGGUCAGAACAACUUGCUACUUAUCAUUUUUGUAUAAAAAGGAAAUUAGUCUUUUUCUUUUUUUGGUAAAUUUUUGAAAAAUAUUGCUAAAAGUGCAUUUAAGGAGAUUGGGAGACAAUUAGCAGAAUGGAGAAAGUAAGUCUUUUUUUUUUUUCCAAAUUAUUAAUUGUCCUGUGUCUAUGUACCUCUAGCUGUUCUUUUUUGUACUUUUCUGGUUCCAAACCAGUUUAUUCUGUGGUUCUAUAAUAAGUUUUGAUAUAAUCUUGGCUUCUUAAAAACUGUGUAUCAUUAAAAUAAUAUGUUCUGCAAGAAUUAAAACUGAGUCCAUGAAAAUAUCAUAGGAAGACAUAAAACUUUAAAAGGCAACUCAAAGAUGAUGGAAACGCACUUACAAGUGGUGACCAAAAUUUUUAGGUGAAGUUGAGCACUCUAAUUAGAGAACUGGAGGAACCACAUAUAACACUUAACUUCCCCUACCCUGCCCCUCCCCAAAAGAUACCAUGACAAACCUAGCUUUUAAAAAAUAUUUUAAGAAAGAGAAUGAACUGUGGAAUUUAUUGGCAGCCAAGGAAUGUGUCCAAGACACAUGCUGAGGUUUUGAAUAAAAAGUGAACUUUUGUAAUCUGAAUUGGGUCCCGCUUAGUUCUUGAAUUGUUAUGAAAAUCCUAUAUCUGUUUGUAUAUUUGCAAACCCUUUGUAUUAUAAUUGUUGAUAUUUUCCCUUUUUAAAAAAUACCAUUGAAAUCAGCAUGACAAAAAUAACACUGUUGGCACUUAUAGGUAACGUGAUUGAUUCAGUAUCUUAGAGUUUACAGUUUGUGUUUUAAAAAAACUGAAGGUUUUUUUUUAAGUGCAACAUUUCUGUAUACUGUAAAAGUUAUAAUAACUGAACUGUUUGGUCGAGUCUUUGUGUGUUAUAUUCCAAGGAAAAUUGAAAGUAUUCAGAAAUUAAAAUAUUAUUUGAUAUCUGAAACCUGGCUGUCCCCACUCACUGUCUUUACAUCUAGAAGAGCCCCUGUGAGCUCUCGCUUAGCUGGCCGGGCAGGGGGCGGUGGGGGGUGGGGGGCAUUUGUUUACUCCCCUCAGUCAGUUUGUUCAAAGGUGGACUACUGUAUUUGCCUGUUCAAUUUGGGUGUGUGUGUGUUGAGCGGGGGAGCUGAAGUUAAUGGUUUAUCUCUGGUUUAGGAAGUGCCAUACUGAUAUAGUAAACCACCCCCAUUCACCUAAUCCUCCUUUUAAUUAAAAAUGGAUUUUCCAGGAAAAUAAAAAAGGCCCUUAAUAUUUGUCACACUUAAGUGCCUGCUUAGGGAAGGUAUUGUGAAAAAGUAUUAGAAAUCUUGAGAUCAGUAUCUAUUUUAUGAUCAGAAAAAAAUACUCUUUUGUACAUUUCUGACAGUUACUCAGAAGAUCGUUCAAGCAAGCUAAUCACAGCAUUGUAACUAGAGGACAGUUAUUUGCAAUGAGUUUUUCCUUAAGUAGGUGCGAUUUUUAAAAAUAUUCUGAUUCUACUCUAGCAUGGUUGUUGAGAGUUUCAAAUUCAGUGAUAUAGGUUAUAAGACUGAAAGGUCUAUUUUUAAUGUAUAUAUGAUAACUUGCAGUUGGUUUCCCUCUCCCCUCCCCCCUUUACCUUCAGUCUGUGAGAGCAUGACCACAGGGUCAAGGGAAUCUUUUCCAUUGGAGUUAUGUACAUAAAAACACAUCGACAUUUUGACAUUUCAGAUUGUGUGGCUACAAUCUGUGCUGCUCCUGGCAUCCUUUGUCCUUAGAAGCCAAAUUAAGGAAGAGAAAGCAGGACAGAGAAAAAGAAAGAAGGAAGGAGGGAAACUUUACAGGGUGUGCUGAUUUGGAAGUAGUAACUAUUUCUUUUGGAGUCUUUUUUCAUUUUUCCUUUCUCUUUUCCUGGUUUGGAGGAAGCUCAGUGCUGGGAGCUUGCAAUUUUGUUCUUAUUCAAGGUUUCCAACCCCCCCUCCCCGCACCGCCAGUACUUCAGCAUGUUGUGGUUUAAUUUUAAGUGGUGGGGGGGAAGACUAGUGAGGGAGGUGAAAGAAAAGGGAUCAUUUUGUAAAGUGUAUUAAACGUUAAUAUUCAGAUCCAGUCAAUAGACGCAGACUAGUAAAAUCUGAUUUGUGCAGGGUUCUCCAUCUGACUCUCACUUAUUUCUGUAGAUAUAUACACAUAUAAAUACAAGUAUGUUCUUAUGGCACAGUAUUGCUGACCUUUAGUUCGAGGUUUUGUCGGUUGUUGUUUAUUUUCUUCCUCUUGCAAGUGCUAUCCAUGUGAGUGUGUGAAGUUCCUCUAAUAAGUAAAACACAGGCCCUUUUCCUUGUUUGUUUUGUGUUAGUUUAUUGUAAACAGCCAUUUGUUGUAAAUUAUUAUUGGCAUUAAAUUAUAAUUUAUGAUUUUCAAAGCAAAAGACAA